CUUAGUGGGUCCUGAUGCCCAAGAGACGGCUCGGAAGUGCCCUAGGAAGUGCCUAUGGGCGGUCCGCCGUCUCUCCCAACACCUCUGAACGCCUUCGUCCUCUGAACCUCUCUGACCAGUUCCAACGAGUACAGCUGGCCUCCUAGAUGUAUGGAACUGUCCCUGGAGCUGUAGCCCUUCACCACCAUCUCUACCUCCUUCCUUCUGAGGGAUCCUGAAACCUCUGUCAUGGAAAAGUACCACGUGUUGGAGAUGAUUGGAGAAGGCUCUUUUGGGAGGGUGUACAAAGGUCGAAGAAAAUACAGUGCUCAGGUGGUGGCCCUGAAGUUCAUUCCAAAAUUGGGACGCUCGGAGAAGGAGCUGAGGAAUCUGCAACGAGAGAUUGAAAUCAUGCGGGGUCUGCGGCAUCCCAACAUUGUGCAUAUGCUUGACAGCUUUGAAACUGACAAAGAGGUGGUGGUGGUGACAGACUAUGCUGAGGGAGAGCUCUUUCAGAUCUUGGAAGAUGACGGAAAACUUCCUGAAGACCAGGUUCAAGCCAUUGCUGCCCAGUUGGUGUCCGCUCUGUACUAUCUGCAUUCCCACCGCAUCCUCCACCGAGACAUGAAACCUCAGAACAUCCUUCUUGCUAAGGGUGGUGGCAUCAAGCUCUGUGACUUUGGAUUUGCCCGGGCGAUGAGCACCAACACGAUGGUGCUGACAUCCAUCAAAGGCACACCACUCUAUAUGUCUCCAGAGCUGGUGGAAGAGCGUCCAUACGACCACACCGCAGACCUCUGGUCUGUGGGCUGCAUACUAUAUGAGCUGGCUGUAGGCACCCCUCCCUUCUACACUACGAGCAUCUUUCAGCUGGUCAGCCUCAUUCUCAAGGACCCUGUGCGCUGGCCGACCACCAUUAGUCCUUGCUUCAAGAGCUUCCUGCAGGGACUGCUCACCAAGGACCCUAGGCAGCGUCUGUCCUGGCCAGACCUCUUACAUCACCCCUUUAUAGCUGGCCGUGUCACCAUAAUAACUGAACCAGGAGGCCCAGAUUUGGGCACUCCAUUCACCAGUCGCCUACCCCCAGAACUUCAGGUCCUAAAGGACCAACAGGUGCAUCAGCUGGCCCCCAAGGGCAAUCGAUCUCGCAUCUUGAGACAGGCCUGUAAGCGCAUGGCUGAGGAGGCCAAGCAGAAGAAACACCAGAACACAGGACCUGCCCUUGAGCAAGAGGAUAGGACCAGCAAGAUGGCUUCUGGCACAGCCCCUCUGCCUAGACUAAGAGCCACUCCUCAGGAACCAGGCCUCUUGGCUGGGAUCUUGGCCUCAGAAAUGAAGAGCAGCUGGGCUGAGUGGGGGGCUGGAGAGGCCCCCCCUGCACCUCGGGAAAACCAGAUCACUCAGGAUUGUGAACGAGUUCUCCCAGAGCUGAGGCCAGAGGUGGUGGGCCAACGGAGCAUUGAUGCGGUGGACCUAGAAAAUGAGGAGCCAGACAGCGACGAUGAGUGGCAGCACCUGCUAGAGACCGCUGAGCCUGUGCCCAUCCAACUGAAGGCCCCUCUCACUCUGCUGUGCAAUCCUGACUUCUGCCAGCGCAUCCAGGGCCAGCUGCAUGAGGCCGGGGGGCAGAUCCUGAAAGGCAUGCUGGAGGGUGCAUCCCGUAUCCUUCCGGCACUCCGAGUCCUGAGCAGUCUUCUGUCUAGCUGCAGUGACUCCAUUCCCUUGUACUCCUUCUGCCGCGAGGUGGGGCUCCCCGGGCUCCUGCUCAGCCUGCUCAGACACAGCCAGGAAUGCAACAGUAUCCAGCAGCAAUGUUGGUAUGGGACCUUCUCACGGGACCUGAUGGCCGUGAUCCAGGCCUACUUUGCCUGUACCUUCAAUCUGGAGAGGAGCCAGACAGGUGACAGCCUGCAGGUGUUUCAGGAGGCUGCCAACCUCUUUCUGGACCUGUUGGGGAAACUGCUGGCCCAACCAGAUGACUCUGAGCAGACCUUGCGGAGGGAUAGCCUUAUGUGCUUUACUGUUCUGUGUGAAGCCAUGGAUGGGAACAGCUGGUCCGUCUCCAAAGCCUUUUACUCCAGCCUGCUGACAACUCAGCGGGCGGUGCUGGACGGGCUGCUCCACAGCUUGACAGUUCCCCAGCUCCCUUUCCACACACCCCCAGGAGCCCCCCAAGUGAGCCAGCCUCUGCGGGAGCAGAGCGAGGAUCUGCCUGGAGCCAUGUCCUCUGCAUUGGCAGCCGUCUGCACUGCUCCGGUGGGGCUGCCCAGCUGCUGGGAAGCCAAGGAGCAGAUCUCUCAGCAUUUGGCCCAUCAGCUCACUGAAGACAGUAACCAACUGAGGCCAUCCCUUAUCUCUGGCUUGCAGCAUCCCAUCCUGUGCCUCCACCUUCUCAAGGUUCUUUACUCCUGCUGCCACGUCAGUGAGCGCCUGUGUCAUCUUCUAGGGCACGAGCCCCUGGCCUUGGAGUCACUGUUGAUGUUGGUCCAGGGCAAGGUAAAGGUAAUGGAUUGGGAAGAGUCUACCGAAGUAGCACUCUACCUCCUCUCCCUUCUUGUCCUCCGGCUGCAAGAUCUGCCUUCUGGAAUGGAGAAGCUGGGCAACGAGAUUGCUACUCUGUUUACCCAUUCACACAUCGUCUCUGUCGUGAGCGCAGCAGCCUGUCUGUUGGGACAACUUGGUCAGCAAGGGGUGACCUUCGACCUCCAGCCUGUGGAGUGGAUUGCAGCAGCCUCACACGCUCUGUCUGCCCCUGCGGAGGUCCGGCUGACCCCGCCAGGUAGCUGUGGAUUCUACGACGGCCUCCUUAUCCUCCUGCUGCACCUCCUCACCCAGCCAGGGAAGGGUAGCCUGAUAAGGGACGUGGUUAGCUCAGAAAUGUGGACCGUUCUGUGGCACCGCUUCUCCAUGGCCCUAAGGCUCCCCGAGGUGGUGUCUCCACAGGAAGAGGAGCCGUCGCUGUCUAGGCCACAAAACCCAGAGCCAGACUGGACGCUGAUCUCACCCCAAGGCGUGGCAGCCCUGCUGAGCCUGGCCAUGGCCACCUUCACCCAGGAGCCCCAGUUAUGCCUGAGCCACCUGUCGCAGCAUGGAAGUAUCCUCAUGUCCACCCUGAAGCAUCUGCUUUCCCCCAGCUUCCUGCAUCAGCUGGGCCGGGCGCCUCACGGGUCUGAGUUUCUCCCGCUCGUGGUGCUGUCUGUCUGCCGGCUCCUCUGCUUCCCCUUCGCCCUGGAUGUGGACGACGACCUCCUCGGAGGUGUCUUGGCUGACUUUGGGGCCUCAGAAGUCGCAGCCCACCUGCUUCAGGUCUGCUGCCACCAUCUUCUGCUGCCUCAAGUUGAGUUGCCUGUCAGUCUCCUCACCCGCCUGGCUCUUAUGGAUCCCACCUCUCUCAACCAGUUUGUGACCGCGGUGGCUGCCUCCCCUAGACCUGUCAUCUCCUUCCUCUCAGUUGCCCUCCUGGGUGACCAGCCACUGCUAACCUCCGACCUUCUCUCCCUGCUGGCCCACACAGCCCGAGUGCUGUCUCCCAGCCACUUGUCCUUUAUCCAAGAACUCCUGGCUGGCUCUGAUGAAUCCUACCGGCCCCUGCGGAGUCUCCUGGGCCACCCAGAGAAUUCUGUGCGGGCCCGCACAUAUGGGCUCCUGGGACACUUGCUGCAACACAGCAUGGCCCUGCGUGGGGCGCUGCAGAGCCAGGCGGGGCUGCUCAGCCUCCUGCUGGUGGGGCUUGGAGACAAGGACCCGGCUGUGCGGCGCAGUGCCACCUUUGCUGUGGGCAACGCAGCCUACCAGGCUGGUCCCCUGGGGCCUGCCUUGGCUGCUGCUGUACCCGGUAUGACCCAGCUGCUUGGAGACCCUCAGGCUGGCAUCCGGCGCAAUGCCGCGUGGGCUCUGGGCAACUUGGGGCCUGAGGGGCUGGGGGCAGAGCUGUUACAAUGCCAAGUACCCCAGCGGCUCCUAGAGAUGGCGUGUGGAGACCCCCAGCUAAAUGUGAAGGAGGCCGCCCUCAUUGCCCUCCGGAGCCUCCGACAGGAGCCCUGCAUCCAUCAGGUGCUGGUGUCCCUGGGGGCCAGUGAGCGAUUAGCCAUGCUCUCUUUGGGGAAUCAGUUACUGGCGCCCAGCAGCCCCCGGCCUGCCUCUGCCAGACACUGCAGGAAGCUCAUUCACCUCCUGAGGCCAACCCACAGCACGUGAUCUCAGAUUCCUGCGGUCCAUCCUCCAGCCUUUGUGGCCCCCUUAUGGCCAACCUCUCCUUUUUCUACUAUAUGAGCCACCAACUCAACCAAGAGCUAAGGAGACUAAAAAAAAGAGAUAAGCUGCAAGUCAACUGAUUUGAGAACUAGAAACUAGAAGAGAUUUAUGUAUAAAGCUCCCUCCUUUCCCCAGAUACUGAUUUCAACCAGUAAACGUCAUUGAUGUUGGUGCCAGAGAAGAUUCCUUCCUUUUCUACAUCGAAGCCUCUUUCUCCGAUCAUGUGCUAAUCCCAAGAACAUGUCUCCUGGACGUCAGGGAGGCAUCUUCUAUCUGAGAGCUCUCUUCCUUUCUGGAGCUCCUAUAAUCCUUCCAGCAGGUUCCUGCCUUAGUGCACUGGCCCCAGGACAGUGAUGAGGACAGAGCCUGUCUCCUCUCUAGGUGAUAAAUGCCAUCAGUCCCUGCUGUGGAUGGUUCUCUGACCCGUAGCCCACAUUCCCAUCCAUGGGUUAGGGUGGAGAGUCUUUUCUUUCUUUUUUUCUUUCUUUCUUUCUUUCCUUUCUCUUCCUUCCUUCCUUCCUUCCUUUUUUCCUUUCCCUCCCUCCCGCCCUCCUGCCUGUCUUCCUUCCUCUUUCUUUCUUUCUCUCUCUCUCUUUCUUUCUUGCCUUCCUACUUUCCUUCUGCUCAUCCUUCCUCUGUUUGUAAACCCUUGUCAUAAAAGGUGUACCUCGCCUUACUUGGAGCUGCCAGGGUAAGAGGUUGGGGGGCUCAGCUCCUCUCUCAGCUGCUGUGUAGUGUUGCAAGCACUCGUGUCCUGUUCACAAAAGAUCCUGUUUGGGAGCUUAUUUAUUCUAUCUCUUUUUGCCUUCCAGCUUCUUCCAUCCCAGAUGAGCUACAUGUGGUCACCUAUUUCCAAGCCAGGGCCAGUGGAGCUGAAAUAGGGAGGGAUAGGAUUAAACAGAGAGGUACAUUGGAUUGCUUUGUGAUCUCAGCCUGACUGACGAGUUUUGAUGUUUGAUGUAGUUCCAAUGUUUGGGAAGCCCAGCUGCUUAAGAAGGGCAACUGUUUAUGGACAUUGUGCAUUUUACCAGAAAGAGAUGUUUGGCAGACCCAUUAGUUAGAGUCGUGAUCCAGCUGGAAACAUACUAGAAAGCUUAAACCUUGCAACAAGCUUCCCAGAGCUCUGAUUUCUCCAUCCGUAAAAUGGGGAGACUACUUUUUGUCCUUCCUAAAUUCCAAUUGUUUUUGAAAUGAAAGAUAAGUAAAGUGUCCUUAAUUUUUUUUAAAGAUUUUAUUUAUUUAUUAGAGAGAGAGAGAGCAUGUGUGUGUGUGCGCGCACGUGAGUCAGGGGAAGAGCAGAGGGAAAGGGAUAAGCAGACUCUGUGCUGAGCGCAGAGCCUGAGCCUGAAACGGGGCUCGAUCUCAUGCCCCUGAGAUCAGAUCAUGACUUGAGCCAAAAUCAAGAGCUGGACACUCAACUGACUGAGCCACCCAGGCGCCCCAUGUGCCCUUAUUUUUAUAAGUAAUUUUAUUUAGCCCUCAUCUUCAUUGUGCAUUGUCUGUGUUUAUAUUUUAGCAAAAAUAACAUUUUUUUUCUAGAGACCACCAUAAUUUCCUCCUAUCCAGAUUAUUUCAGUUCGGUUCACCAUUGAGUCCUUUCUCAGGCACUAGAGAUAAAGCAAUGUGUAUUCGCCAUAGAGUUUCCAUUCUGGGCGGGAAGACGACGAACUUAAUAAAAUAAGUGAAUUCUGCAUAGCAUGUAGAGAGGUGAGAAAAGCUCUGGAGAAAAAUUAAGCACAGAAAGAGGAUGAGGAAUGCUGAGUUGGAUGGUCAGGUUAGGCCUCACUGAGAUGACCUUUGAGCAAAGACUUGAAGGAGAUGAGGCAAUGAGCAGGGCAGCUAUCUGAGGGAAAAUUUGAGGCAGAGACAAUAAUCACUUCAAAGGCCCUGAGACAGAAGCAUACCUGGUGGGCUUGAGGAGCUGUGGGGAAGGCCAGUUUGGAUGCAAGAUGUGAAGAAGGGGGAGAAUAGUAGAGAUGAGGACAGGAAGGUAGUGGGGACCAGAUGUUAUAAGCCUGCAGACCUAGUACUUUGAGUAAAGUAGGCAUCUACUGGAGAGCUUUGACAGAGAAGAGAUGUGAUCUACCUUACGUUCUGGAAGAUUAUUCUUCAUUCUCGUGUUGUGCAUGGACUGUGAGGAGUGGGGGGCGGGGCUGGGAGGCAGGGUGAGUGCUUAGGAGGCUACCGUGGUACCAGUGGGAUGGUGAAAAAUAGAUUUUGAAUAUAUUUUGGACAUGGAGCAAAAAGAUUUUUUAACUGAUUGGAUGUGAACAAAGGAAAGUAGACAAGGAUAACUCCCAGAUUUUUGGCCUAAGCAAUGGGGAGAACGGAAUUGCCGUUAACUAAAAUGAGGAA